AUGAGCAACGAACAACCUGUUACUAAGAAGAAAAUUAACUUUUCCAAUAUCCUUUUAGGCGCUGGUAUUAAUAUGGCGGAAGUGACCACUCUUGGUCAACCAUUAGAAGUCAUCAAGACCACUAUGGCAGCCAACAGAAACCUGUCUUUUGCCAGUUCUGUCAAAACUGUCUGGUCUCGUGGCGGUGUCUUCGGUUUCUACCAAGGUUUGAUUCCAUGGGCUUGGAUUGAGGCGUCUACAAAAGGUGCUGUGCUUUUAUUUGUGGCUUCUGAAGCUGAAUACAGAUAUAAGAAACUUGGCUUGGGCAACUUUGGAUCUGGUAUCCUUGGUGGUAUCACUGGUGGUAUUGCACAAUCCUAUUUGACUAUGGGUUUCUGUACUUGUAUGAAGACAGUAGAAAUCACUAGGAAAAAAGCAAUUGGUGGACUUGGCGCUGCGUCGGCAGCCGCUACUCAAUCCUCAUGGGAUGUAUUUAGAUCUAUCUGGGCUAAAGAAGGUAUCAGAGGCAUAUACAGAGGUGUUAAUGCUGUGGCUAUUAGACAAAUGACAAAUUGGGGGUCUCGUUUUGGUUUCUCUAGAUUGGUAGAAGAUGGUAUUAGAAAAGUUACUGGGAAGACAAACAAAGACGACAAAUUGAACGCUUUCGAAAAGAUCCUCGCUAGUGCUAUUGGUGGUGGGUUAAGUGCUUGGAAUCAACCAAUUGAAGUUAUUAGAGUUGAAAUGCAGUCCAAGACUCCCGAUCCAAAUAGGCCUAAAGAUUUGACCGUUGGCAAGACUUUCAAAUACAUUUUACAAACUAAUGGUGUCAAAGGUUUAUACCGUGGUAUUACCCCAAGAAUUGGAUUAGGUAUCUGGCAAACUGUAUUCAUGGUUGGGUUUGGUGAUAUGGCAAGAGAAUUUGUUGCAAAGUUGACUGGUGAUGCUCCAACUGCCAAGCAUUAA